CGCGUACCUGAGCCAGCAGCGCGGCGGGGAGCGGCUCCGCGGCCGGCACGGCUGAGGCAGGGGCUCCGCGGGCACCGCCGCUCCUGCGGGGAGGACAGGACACGAGGGCGUCAGGAGGGUGCGCACAUCCUUCCAGCACGGGAACUGUGUGCUCUCCCAGAGCCAUCAUGAAGCUCCUGCCGGCUGCCCCUCUCCUCCUGCUUCUCCUGACAACACUGGAAGCCAGACCAAAACCUGCAGCGCUGAAGUGCAGGACAGGUCCCCUGGACAUCGUGUUUGUGAUCGACAGCUCGCGCAGCGUGCGCCCCUUCGAGUUCGAGACCAUGCGGCGCUUCAUGAUGGACAUCAUCGGCAGCCUGGACGUGGGCCCCAACGCCACUCGGGUGGGCGUCAUCCAGUACUCCAGCCAGGUGCAGAACAUCUUCUCCCUCAAGACCUUCUUCACGCGGGCAGAGAUGGAGAGGGCCAUCAACAGCAUCGUGCCGCUGGCCCAGGGCACCAUGACGGGCCUGGCCAUCCAGUACGCCAUGAACGUGGCCUUCACCACGCAGGAGGGCGCGCGCCCCCUGCACAAGAGGAUCCCCCGCAUCGCCGUCGUGGUGACGGACGGGCGGCCCCAGGACCGUGUCACCGAGGUGGCCACGCAGGCCCGCAACGCCGGCAUCGAGAUCUACGCCGUGGGAAUCCAGCGGGCCGACAUGAGCUCGCUGCGGGCCAUGGCCUCCCCGCCGCUGGAGGAGCACGUCUUCCUGGUGGAGUCCUUCGAGCUCAUCCAGCAGUUUGCCAAGCAGUUCCAGGACAAGCUUUGUGGGGUGGACAUGUGCGGGGAGCGGGAGCACGGCUGCCAGCACAGCUGCGUCAGCACCCCUGGCUCCUUCUACUGCGAGUGCAACCCAGGCUACAGGCUCAAUGCGGAUGGAAAGACCUGCUCCCCCCUCGAUGCGUGUGCGGACGGGAGGCACGGCUGCCAGCACCACUGCGUCAGCGUGCGCGGCUCCUACUCCUGCCGCUGCCGGCCCGGUUACCAGCUCAGCCACAACAAGAGGAGCUGCACCAUGAUUGAUUACUGCAGCUUCGGGAACCACAGCUGCCAGCACGAGUGUGUGAGCAUCCCCAACGGGCACUACUGCCGCUGCCGCAGCGGCUUCACGCUCCAGCCCAACAGCAAGUCCUGCAGGGCCACUGACCUCUGCAACGGGGUGGAUCACGGCUGUGAGUUCAAGUGUGUGAGCACGGAGGGCUCCUACCACUGCGUGUGCCCUGAGGGCCAGCAGCUCCAGGCUGAUGGCAAGACAUGCAGCAAGUGUGGAGCUGGGCACGUCGACCUUGUGAUGGUGAUCGAUGGUUCCAAGAGCGUGCGGCCGCAGAACUUCGAGCUGGUGAAGCAGUUUGUGAACCGCAUCGUGGACCUGCUGGAGGUGUCCCCCCAGGGCACGCGGGUGGGACUGGUGCAGUACUCCAGCCGCGUGCGCACCGAGUUCCCCCUCAACAAGUACCACAGCGCCGAUGAGAUCAAGAAGGCGGUGAUGGACGUGGAGUACAUGGAGAAAGGCACCAUGACAGGCCUGGCCCUCAAGCACAUGGUGGAGCACAGCUUCUCUGAGCUGGAGGGUGCCAGGCCUCUCUCCCACAACAUCCCCAGAAUCGGGCUGGUCUUCACAGAUGGACGCUCCCAGGAUGAUAUCUCCGAAUGGGCCAGGAGAGCAAAGGAGUCAGGGAUUGUCAUGUUUGCCGUGGGUGUUGGAAAAGCUGUGGAAGAAGAGCUGAGAGCCAUCGCCUCCGAGCCAGUGGAGCAGCACUUCUCCUAUUCUGCGGACUUCACCACCAUGACCCACCUUGUGGAGAACUUCUCCCUGAACAUCUGCCCAGAGGAGGGCAAAGGGGAGACGGAGAUCCGCAGCCCGUGCGAGUGCGAGGCGCUGGUGCAGUUCCAGACCAACACCGUGGCCAUCCUGCAGAGCCUGACCGAGAAAAUUGCUCAGAUGACAGCCAGACUUGAGGACCUGGAAAAGCAGAUUGCCAACAAGAAUUGAUCCUGGCAGAGGGCUGCAGUGCUCGGCGGGGCACGGGAUGGAUGUACAGUAGCUACAUGACUUUGUUAUUGCUAGGUUAUUGUAAAGCAUCAGUGUUUGUUCUUGUAUUGCAAAAUCCCCAGGGGGCUGUAUUUAAAAAACUCAAAAAUCCUAAAAACACACAAAAAGGAACUUGAGCAAAGCCCCUGCUGCAAAGCCAAGGGGUUCAGUUGUCAUUCCUUGGCAGGUCUGGGAUGAGGGGGAGCAGUGAUGUGGGCAGGCUGGUCAUUG